ACCUGGGGCAGCAGUAGCACUUCCGGAUUCAUUCUCUUGGGACUCUCCUCAAAUCCUCAGUUACAGGAGCCACUCUUCAUCAUAUUCCUUAGUAUGUACCUGGUCACCCUUCUUGGGAACUUUCUGAUCAUAGUGGUCAUCCGUUCAGACUCAAGGCUUCAUACCCCAAUGUAUUUCUUCUUGAGCAUCUUGUCCUUCAUUGAUAUCUGCUUCACCUCUGUCAUUGUCCCCAAGAUGCUGGUGAAUUUCCUGUCAGAGACAAAGACCAUCUCCUACAUAGGCUGUCUAGUGCAGAUGUACUUCUUCAUGGCUUUUGUAAACACAGACAGCUAUCUUCUAGCCUCCAUGGCUAUUGACCGCUUGGUAGCCAUCUGUAAUCCCUUACAAUAUGCCUUGAUCAUGAGUCACAGGCGUUGUGUCAUUUUGGCAGUGGCUUCCUGUGUGAUCUCACACCUCCAUGCUCUUUUACGUGUGUUGCUCAUGUCCCGUCUGUCUUUCUGUGCCUCCCACGUCAUCAAACACUUCUUCUGUGACACGCAGCCAGUGCUGAAGCUAUCUUGUUCUGAUACUUCUUCUAGUCAGGUUGUGGUCAUGACAGAGACACUGGCUGUUAUUGUAACCCCCUUCUUAUGCAUAAUCUUCUCCUACCUGAGGAUCAUUGUUGCCAUCCUCAAAAUCCCCUCUGCAUCAGGAAAAUGGAAGACCUUCUCCACUUGUGGCUCCCACCUCACCAUUGUGGUACUGUUUUAUGGAAGUGCUAUCUAUGUCUAUUUCCGGCCUCUGUCCAGCUACUCUGUGGUCAAGGAUAGAGUGGCUACAGUCAUGUACACAGUGGUCACUCCCAUGGUGAACCCUUUUAUUUACAGCCUAAGGAACAAGGACAUGAAACAGGGCCUGGGGAAGUUGAGGGAUAAAAUCAAGUUCUAA